AGAAAUGCUGAUGCUUUGGAGUUACAGACAAUGUCUACUACACCAGCAUAUGCCUUCUCAAUCCCAGACUUUAACUUAAUUGACAGCACUUAUGAAGAAGUUGCCUCUGUCACUGCUGUUGAAGAAAGUUCAGCGAAGUUUACAGCACAUGAUGAAAAUCUGUUACAGAGUAAAGUUUUGAAAAGAGAUAUUGCCUUUCUUGUUGACGGCUCAGAUAACACUAGAAGAAGAUUUGAAGGAUUACGUGAUUUUUUGUACAAGGUUAUUGCAAAUCUCUCAAUUGGAGAAAAUGAGAACAGAGUUGCAAUAAUUCAGUACAGCAACGUGGCGGUUGCAAAUUUUCAUCUAAAUUCAUUUCUGAGAAAGGAAGAUAUACUAAAUGCUGUAAAGGGUCUUACACACAAAGGGGGAAGACCACUUAAUACAGGCUCUGCUCUUUGGUAUGUUAAUAAUCAUAUAUUUACUGAAACUUCUGGAAGUAGAAAGCAUGAAGGUGUCCCUCAGAUACUAAUACUCCUGUCUGGAGGAAAAUCAAAAGACAGCAUUAAUGAGCCUGUAACCGCUCUCAAACAUGCUGGAGUCUCAGUAAUUGGAAUAGGCACACAAAACUCAGAUGCUAAAGAGUUACAAAAGAUUUCAGCUGAAAUAACAUCAUUCUUUGUGGAUGACAAUAAUCAAUUACAAAAUAUCAAAGAUAAAGUACUCGAAGCAGUUCAAAAGGAUUUUACAAUCGGCACUACAAAAAAAGAAUCUCCGAUGGGCAAAAUUCAUGAAAAGCGUGAUAUAACAAUUCUGCUGGAUGGUUCAGAUGGUACUAAGAAAUAUUUUCCAGCAAUGCGUGAUUUCGUUCAAAGCAUUGUGGAGAGAUUAAAUGUGUCAGAGGAGAGAGACCGUGUCUCUGUAGUCCAAUUCAGCAGUGAUCCAGAGGUGCAUUUCUAUCUUAACACAUAUGCAACAAAGGAGAGCAUUCUAAACACCGUUAGAGGUCUGAGGCACAAAGGAGGGAGACCUCUCAACACAGGAAUGGCUCUCCAGCAUGUAAGAGACAGCGUUUUCAGCACCUCUUCUGGAAGCAGACGUUUACAGGGUGUUCCUCAGGUAUUGAUUUUGCUAAGUGGGGGGCAGUCGUUUGAUAACGUUGACGUGCCAGCCUCUUCCCUGAAAGAGCUUGGAGUCUCGAUCUUGUCAGUGGGAGCAGGAGGCUCAGAUAGAAAUGAAUUGCAGAAGAUCUCAAAUGAUCCUAGUUCCACACUCUCAGUGACAGACUUUACUUACCUCCCCAAUGUACAAGAGCAGCUUCUCUCCAUGAUUAACACUGCACGUAUGGGAACAACAAGUAUCUCUCCGACAACAAUAGUUGAGACUCGUGUACCAAGGAGAGAUGUUGUUUUCCUGCUGGAUGGGUCAGACGGCAAUAGAAAUGGGUUCCCGUCAAUGAUAGACUUUGUGCAUGGAGUGGUGGAGAGGUUGAACGUAGGCGAGAACAAAGACCGUGUUUCUGUGGUCCAGUUCAGCAGAGACGCCGAUGUCAAUUUCUAUCUUAAGACAUACACAGCAAAGGAGGACAUUCUCGGCACAGUCAGAGGUUUGAGGUACAAAGGAGGAAGGCCCCGAAACACAGGGGCAGCGCUACAGUAUGUCCGAGACAACGUAUUUACUGCCUCCUCGGGUAGCAGACGACUGGAGGGUGUACCACAAAUGCUGAUCUUGCUGAUUGCCGGAAGGUCGUUUGACAAUGUCGAUAUCCCGGCUUCGGCGCUGAAGGAUCUGGGAGUCUUGAUUUUUGGAAUUGGAUCAAGGGACUCUGAUAGCAAUGAACUUGAGAGAAUUUCAUUUGACCCCAAUUUUGCUCUGACUGUGUCAGAUUUCACUGAGCUCCCAAAUGUCCAAGAGCAAAUUCUGACUUCUGUAGAUGCUGUGACAGUUCCCAUGACCAAACCCUCGCCACCUUCUCUCGUUGAUUAUGAGGUUCCCAGAAGGGAUGUUGUCUUCCUGCUGGAGGGUUCAGAUGGGACUAGGAAUGGAUUCCCUGCCAUGCUUGACUUUGUACAAAGAAUAGUAGAGAAAUUUAACAUUGAGCAUGGCAUGGACCAUGUUUCAGUGGUGCAAUACAGUACAAACGCUGUGGUGCAUUUCCAUCUGAAUACCUAUUCAACAAAAGAUGAAAUCCUUAACGCCAUCAGCACUGUACAGCACAAAGGCGGGAGACGUGUCAACACAGGGUCAGCUCUCCAAUAUGUGAGAGAAAAUGUCUUCACUGCCUCUGCUGGCAGUAGACAUCAACAGGGUGUGCCUAAUAUUCUCAUUCUGCUGAGGGGUUCAAGGUCAACGGAUAACGUUGAACAACCGGCCUCCGCCCUGAAAGAGAGUGGGGUCAUAAUUUUUGGUGUUGGCCCCCGGAAUUUGAGCAGUGAAAUUCAGAGAAUUGCAAAUGGUCCGUCUUAUGCUCAGACUGUUUCUGAGCUCUCCGACCUAGCCAGUGUCCAGCAGCAAUUUUACACCUCCCUCAGCGGUGCGCUUCUAGACGUAACACCAGUGACACCUGCGGUGAUAGUUGAACAAGGAUUUGAAUGGAGAGAUGUCGUAUUCCUCCUGGACGGUUCAGAUGGCACUAAGAAUUACUUCCCAGCAAUGCGUGAUUUCGUUCAAAGCAUUGUGGAGAGAUUAAAUUUGUCAGAGGAGAGAGACCGUGUCUCUGUAGUCCAAUUCAGCAGUGAUCCAGAGGUGCAUUUCUAUCUUAACACAUAUGCAACAAAGGAGAGCAUUCUAAACACCGUUAGAGGUCUGAGGCACAAAGGAGGGAGACCUCUCAACACAGGAAUGGCUCUCCAGCAUGUAAGAGACAGCGUUUUCAGCACCUCUUCUGGAAGCAGACGUUUACAGGGUGUUCCUCAGGUAUUGAUUUUGCUAAGUGGGGGGCAGUCGUUUGAUAACGUUGACGUGCCAGCCGCUUCCCUGAAAGAGCUUGGAGUCUCGAUCUUGUCAGUGGGAGCAGGAGGCUCAGAUAGAAAUGAAUUGCAGAAGAUCUCAAAUGAUCCUAGUUCCACACUCUCAGUGACAGACUUUACUUACCUCCCCAAUGUACAAGAGCAGCUUCUCUCCAUGAUUAACACUGCACGUAUGGGAACAACAAGUAUCUCUCCGACAACAAUAGUUGAGACUCGUGUACCAAGGAGAGAUGUUGUUUUCCUGCUGGAUGGGUCAGACGGCAAUAGAAAUGGGUUCCCGUCAAUGAUAGACUUUGUGCAUGGAGUGGUGGAGAGGUUGAACGUAGGCGAGAACAAAGACCGUGUUUCUGUGGUCCAGUUCAGCAGAGACGCCGAUGUCAAUUUCUAUCUUAAGACAUACACAGCAAAGGAGGACAUUCUCGGCACAGUCAGAGGUUUGAGGUACAAAGGAGGAAGGCCCCGAAACACAGGGGCAGCGCUACAGUAUGUCCGAGACAACGUAUUUACUGCCUCCUCGGGUAGCAGACGACUGGAGGGUGUACCACAAAUGCUGAUCUUGCUGAUUGCCGGAAGGUCGUUUGACAAUGUCGAUAUCCCGGCUUCGGCGCUGAAGGAUCUGGGAGUCUUGAUUUUUGGAAUUGGAUCAAGGGACUCUGAUAGCAAUGAACUUGAGAGAAUUUCAUUUGACCCCAAUUUUGCUCUGACUGUGUCAGAUUUCACUGAGCUCCCAAAUGUCCAAGAGCAAAUUCUGACUUCUGUAGAUGCUGUGACAGUUCCCAUGACCAAACCCUCGCCACCUUCUCUCGUUGAUUAUGAGGUUCCCAGAAGGGAUGUUGUCUUCCUGCUGGAGGGUUCAGAUGGGACUAGGAAUGGAUUCCCUGCCAUGCUUGACUUUGUACAAAGAAUAGUAGAGAAAUUUAACAUUGAGCAUGGCAUGGACCAUGUUUCAGUGGUGCAAUACAGUACAAACGCUGUGGUGCAUUUCCAUCUGAAUACCUAUUCAACAAAAGAUGAAAUCCUUAACGCCAUCAGCACUGUACAGCACAAAGGCGGGAGACGUGUCAACACAGGGUCAGCUCUCCAAUAUGUGAGAGAAAAUGUCUUCACUGCCUCUGCUGGCAGUAGACAUCAACAGGGUGUGCCUAAUAUUCUCAUUCUGCUGAGGGGUUCAAGGUCAACGGAUAACGUUGAACAACCGGCCUCCGCCCUGAAAGAGAGUGGGGUCAUAAUUUUUGGUGUUGGCCCCCGGAAUUUGAGCAGUGAAAUUCAGAGAAUUGCAAAUGGUCCGUCUUAUGCUCAGACUGUUUCUGAGCUCUCCGACCUAGCCAGUGUCCAGCAGCAAUUUUACACCUCCCUCAGCGGUGCGCUUCUAGACGUAACACCAGUGACACCUGCGGUGAUAGUUGAACAAGGAUUUGAAUGGAGAGAUGUCGUAUUCCUCCUGGACGGUUCAGAUGGCACUAAGAAUUACUUCCCAGCAAUGCGUGAUUUCGUUCAAAGCAUUGUGGAGAGAUUAAAUUUGUCAGAGGAGAGAGACCGUGUCUCUGUAGUCCAAUUCAGCAGUGAUCCAGAGGUGCAUUUCUAUCUUAACACAUAUGCAACAAAGGAGAGCAUUCUAAACACCGUUAGAGGUCUGAGGCACAAAGGAGGGAGACCUCUCAACACAGGAAUGGCUCUCCAGCAUGUAAGAGACAGCGUUUUCAGCACCUCUUCUGGAAGCAGACGUUUACAGGGUGUUCCUCAGGUAUUGAUUUUGCUAAGUGGGGGGCAGUCGUUUGAUAACGUUGACGUGCCAGCCUCUUCCCUGAAAGAGCUUGGAGUCUCGAUCUUGUCAGUGGGAGCAGGAGGCUCAGAUAGAAAUGAAUUGCAGAAGAUCUCAAAUGAUCCUAGUUCCACACUCUCAGUGACAGACUUUACUUACCUCCCCAAUGUACAAGAGCAGCUUCUCUCCAUGAUUAACACUGCACGUAUGGGAACAACAAGUAUCUCUCCGACAACAAUAGUUGAGACUCGUGUACCAAGGAGAGAUGUUGUUUUCCUGCUGGAUGGGUCAGACAGCAAUAGAAAUGGGUUCCCGUCAAUGAUAGACUUUGUGCAUGGAGUGGUGGAGAGGUUGAACGUAGGCGAGAACAAAGACCGUGUUUCUGUGGUCCAGUUCAGCAGAGACGCCGAUGUCAAUUUCUAUCUUAAGACAUACACAGCAAAGGAGGACAUUCUCGGCACAGUCAGAGGUUUGAGGUACAAAGGAGGAAGGCCCCGAAACACAGGGGCAGCGCUACAGUAUGUCCGAGACAACGUAUUUACUGCCUCCUCGGGUAGCAGACGACUGGAGGGUGUACCACAAAUGCUGAUCUUGCUGAUUGCCGGAAGGUCGUUUGACAAUGUCGAUAUCCCGGCUUCGGCGCUGAAGGAUCUGGGAGUCUUGAUUUUUGGAAUUGGAUCAAGGGACUCUGAUAGCAAUGAACUUGAGAGAAUUUCAUUUGACCCCAAUUUUGCUCUGACUGUGUCAGAUUUCACUGAGCUCCCAAAUGUCCAAGAGCAAAUUCUGACUUCUGUAGAUGCUGUGACAGUUCCCAUGACCAAACCCUCGCCACCUUCUCUCGUUGAUUAUGAGGUUCCCAGAAGGGAUGUUGUCUUCCUGCUGGAGGGUUCAGAUGGGACUAGGAAUGGAUUCCCUGCCAUGCUUGACUUUGUACAAAGAAUAGUAGAGAAAUUUAACAUUGAGCAUGGCAUGGACCAUGUUUCAGUGGUGCAAUACAGUACAAACGCUGUGGUGCAUUUCCAUCUGAAUACCUAUUCAACAAAAGAUGAAAUCCUUAACGCCAUCAGCACUGUACAGCACAAAGGCGGGAGACGUGUCAACACAGGGUCAGCUCUCCAAUAUGUGAGAGAAAAUGUCUUCACUGCCUCUGCUGGCAGUAGACAUCAACAGGGUGUGCCUAAUAUUCUCAUUCUGCUGAGGGGUUCAAGGUCAACGGAUAACGUUGAACAACCGGCCUCCGCCCUGAAAGAGAGUGGGGUCAUAAUUUUUGGUGUUGGCCCCCGGAAUUUGAGCAGUGAAAUUCAGAGAAUUGCAAAUGGUCCGUCUUAUGCUCAGACUGUUUCUGAGCUCUCCGACCUAGCCAGUGUCCAGCAGCAAUUUUACACCUCCCUCAGCGGUGCGCUUCUAGACGUAACACCAGUGACACCUGCGGUGAUAGUUGAACAAGGAUUUGAAUGGAGAGAUGUCGUAUUCCUCCUGGACGGUUCAGAUGGCACUAAGAAUUACUUCCCAGCAAUGCGUGAUUUCGUUCAAAGCAUUGUGGAGAGAUUAAAUUUGUCAGAGGAGAGAGACCGUGUCUCUGUAGUCCAAUUCAGCAGUGAUCCAGAGGUGCAUUUCUAUCUUAACACAUAUGCAACAAAGGAGAGCAUUCUAAACACCGUUAGAGGUCUGAGGCACAAAGGAGGGAGACCUCUCAACACAGGAAUGGCUCUCCAGCAUGUAAGAGACAGCGUUUUCAGCACCUCUUCUGGAAGCAGACGUUUACAGGGUGUUCCUCAGGUAUUGAUUUUGCUAAGUGGGGGGCAGUCGUUUGAUAACGUUGACGUGCCAGCCGCUUCCCUGAAAGAGCUUGGAGUCUCGAUCUUGUCAGUGGGAGCAGGAGGCUCAGAUAGAAAUGAAUUGCAGAAGAUCUCAAAUGAUCCUAGUUCCACACUCUCAGUGACAGACUUUACUUACCUCCCCAAUGUACAAGAGCAGCUUCUCUCCAUGAUUAACACUGCACGUAUGGGAACAACAAGUAUCUCUCCGACAACAAUAGUUGAGACUCGUGUACCAAGGAGAGAUGUUGUUUUCCUGCUGGAUGGGUCAGACGGCAAUAGAAAUGGGUUCCCGUCAAUGAUAGACUUUGUGCAUGGAGUGGUGGAGAGGUUGAACGUAGGCGAGAACAAAGACCGUGUUUCUGUGGUCCAGUUCAGCAGAGACGCCGAUGUCAAUUUCUAUCUUAAGACAUACACAGCAAAGGAGGACAUUCUCGGCACAGUCAGAGGUUUGAGGUACAAAGGAGGAAGGCCCCGAAACACAGGGGCAGCGCUACAGUAUGUCCGAGACAACGUAUUUACUGCCUCCUCGGGUAGCAGACGACUGGAGGGUGUACCACAAAUGCUGAUCUUGCUGAUUGCCGGAAGGUCGUUUGACAAUGUCGAUAUCCCGGCUUCGGCGCUGAAGGAUCUGGGAGUCUUGAUUUUUGGAAUUGGAUCAAGGGACUCUGAUAGCAAUGAACUUGAGAGAAUUUCAUUUGACCCCAAUUUUGCUCUGACUGUGUCAGAUUUCACUGAGCUCCCAAAUGUCCAAGAGCAAAUUCUGACUUCUGUAGAUGCUGUGACAGUUCCCAUGACCAAACCCUCGCCACCUUCUCUCGUUGAUUAUGAGGUUCCCAGAAGGGAUGUUGUCUUCCUGCUGGAGGGUUCAGAUGGGACUAGGAAUGGAUUCCCUGCCAUGCUUGACUUUGUACAAAGAAUAGUAGAGAAAUUUAACAUUGAGCAUGGCAUGGACCAUGUUUCAGUGGUGCAAUACAGUACAAACGCUGUGGUGCAUUUCCAUCUGAAUACCUAUUCAACAAAAGAUGAAAUCCUUAACGCCAUCAGCACUGUACAGCACAAAGGCGGGAGACGUGUCAACACAGGGUCAGCUCUCCAAUAUGUGAGAGAAAAUGUCUUCACUGCCUCUGCUGGCAGUAGACAUCAACAGGGUGUGCCUAAUAUUCUCAUUCUGCUGAGGGGUUCAAGGUCAACGGAUAACGUUGAACAACCGGCCUCCGCCCUGAAAGAGAGUGGGGUCAUAAUUUUUGGUGUUGGCCCCCGGAAUUUGAGCAGUGAAAUUCAGAGAAUUGCAAAUGGUCCGUCUUAUGCUCAGACUGUUUCUGAGCUCUCCGACCUAGCCAGUGUCCAGCAGCAAUUUUACACCUCCCUCAGCGGUGCGCUUCUAGACGUAACACCAGUGACACCUGCGGUGAUAGUUGAACAAGGAUUUGAAUGGAGAGAUGUCGUAUUCCUCCUGGACGGUUCAGAUGGCACUAAGAAUUACUUCCCAGCAAUGCGUGAUUUCGUUCAAAGCAUUGUGGAGAGAUUAAAUUUGUCAGAGGAGAGAGACCGUGUCUCUGUAGUCCAAUUCAGCAGUGAUCCAGAGGUGCAUUUCUAUCUUAACACAUAUGCAACAAAGGAGAGCAUUCUAAACACCGUUAGAGGUCUGAGGCACAAAGGAGGGAGACCUCUCAACACAGGAAUGGCUCUCCAGCAUGUAAGAGACAGCGUUUUCAGCACCUCUUCUGGAAGCAGACGUUUACAGGGUGUUCCUCAGGUAUUGAUUUUGCUAAGUGGGGGGCAGUCGUUUGAUAACGUUGACGUGCCAGCCGCUUCCCUGAAAGAGCUUGGAGUCUCGAUCUUGUCAGUGGGAGCAGGAGGCUCAGAUAGAAAUGAAUUGCAGAAGAUCUCAAAUGAUCCUAGUUCCACACUCUCAGUGACAGACUUUACUUACCUCCCCAAUGUACAAGAGCAGCUUCUCUCCAUGAUUAACACUGCACGUAUGGGAACAACAAGUAUCUCUCCGACAACAAUAGUUGAGACUCGUGUACCAAGGAGAGAUGUUGUUUUCCUGCUGGAUGGGUCAGACGGCAAUAGAAAUGGGUUCCCGUCAAUGAUAGACUUUGUGCAUGGAGUGGUGGAGAGGUUGAACGUAGGCGAGAACAAAGACCGUGUUUCUGUGGUCCAGUUCAGCAGAGACGCCGAUGUCAAUUUCUAUCUUAAGACAUACACAGCAAAGGAGGACAUUCUCGGCACAGUCAGAGGUUUGAGGUACAAAGGAGGAAGGCCCCGAAACACAGGGGCAGCGCUACAGUAUGUCCGAGACAACGUAUUUACUGCCUCCUCGGGUAGCAGACGACUGGAGGGUGUACCACAAAUGCUGAUCUUGCUGAUUGCCGGAAGGUCGUUUGACAAUGUCGAUAUCCCGGCUUCGGCGCUGAAGGAUCUGGGAGUCUUGAUUUUUGGAAUUGGAUCAAGGGACUCUGAUAGCAAUGAACUUGAGAGAAUUUCAUUUGACCCCAAUUUUGCUCUGACUGUGUCAGAUUUCACUGAGCUCCCAAAUGUCCAAGAGCAAAUUCUGACUUCUGUAGAUGCUGUGACAGUUCCCAUGACCAAACCCUCGCCACCUUCUCUCGUUGAUUAUGAGGUUCCCAGAAGGGAUGUUGUCUUCCUGCUGGAGGGUUCAGAUGGGACUAGGAAUGGAUUCCCUGCCAUGCUUGACUUUGUACAAAGAAUAGUAGAGAAAUUUAACAUUGAGCAUGGCAUGGACCAUGUUUCAGUGGUGCAAUACAGUACAAACGCUGUGGUGCAUUUCCAUCUGAAUACCUAUUCAACAAAAGAUGAAAUCCUUAACGCCAUCAGCACUGUACAGCACAAAGGCGGGAGACGUGUCAACACAGGGUCAGCUCUCCAAUAUGUGAGAGAAAAUGUCUUCACUGCCUCUGCUGGCAGUAGACAUCAACAGGGUGUGCCUAAUAUUCUCAUUCUGCUGAGGGGUUCAAGGUCAACGGAUAACGUUGAACAACCGGCCUCCGCCCUGAAAGAGAGUGGGGUCAUAAUUUUUGGUGUUGGCCCCCGGAAUUUGAGCAGUGAAAUUCAGAGAAUUGCAAAUGGUCCGUCUUAUGCUCAGACUGUUUCUGAGCUCUCCGACCUAGCCAGUGUCCAGCAGCAAUUUUACACCUCCCUCAGCGGUGCGCUUCUAGACGUAACACCAGUGACACCUGCGGUGAUAGUUGAACAAGGAUUUGAAUGGAGAGAUGUCGUAUUCCUCCUGGACGGUUCAGAUGGCACUAAGAAUUACUUCCCAGCAAUGCGUGAUUUCGUUCAAAGCAUUGUGGAGAGAUUAAAUUUGUCAGAGGAGAGAGACCGUGUCUCUGUAGUCCAAUUCAGCAGUGAUCCAGAGGUGCAUUUCUAUCUUAACACAUAUGCAACAAAGGAGAGCAUUCUAAACACCGUUAGAGGUCUGAGGCACAAAGGAGGGAGACCUCUCAACACAGGAAUGGCUCUCCAGCAUGUAAGAGACAGCGUUUUCAGCACCUCUUCUGGAAGCAGACGUUUACAGGGUGUUCCUCAGGUAUUGAUUUUGCUAAGUGGGGGGCAGUCGUUUGAUAACGUUGACGUGCCAGCCGCUUCCCUGAAAGAGCUUGGAGUCUCGAUCUUGUCAGUGGGAGCAGGAGGCUCAGAUAGAAAUGAAUUGCAGAAGAUCUCAAAUGAUCCUAGUUCCACACUCUCAGUGACAGACUUUACUUACCUCCCCAAUGUACAAGAGCAGCUUCUCGCCAUGAUUAACACUGCACGUAUGGGAACAACAAGUAUCUCUCCGACAACAAUAGUUGAGACUCGUGUACCAAGGAGAGAUGUUGUUUUCCUGCUGGAUGGGUCAGACGGCAAUAGAAAUGGGUUCCCGUCAAUGAUAGACUUUGUGCAUGGAGUGGUGGAGAGGUUGAACGUAGGCGAGAACAAAGACCGUGUUUCUGUGGUCCAGUUCAGCAGAGACGCCGAUGUCAAUUUCUAUCUUAAGACAUACACAGCAAAGGAGGACAUUCUCGGCACAGUCAGAGGUUUGAGGUACAAAGGAGGAAGGCCCCGAAACACAGGGGCAGCGCUACAGUAUGUCCGAGACAACGUAUUUACUGCCUCCUCGGGUAGCAGACAACUGGAGGGUGUACCACAAAUGCUGAUCUUGCUGAUUGCCGGAAGGUCGUUUGACAAUGUCGAUAUCCCGGCUUCGGCGCUGAAGGAUCUGGGAGUCUUGAUUUUUGGAAUUGGAUCAAGGGACUCUGAUAGCAAUGAACUUGAGAGAAUUUCAUUUGACCCCAAUUUUGCUCUGACUGUGUCAGAUUUCACUGAGCUCCCAAAUGUCCAAGAGCAAAUUCUGACUUCUGUAGAUGCUGUGACAGUUCCCAUGACCAAACCCUCGCCACCUUCUCUCGUUGAUUAUGAGGUUCCCAGAAGGGAUGUUGUCUUCCUGCUGGAGGGUUCAGAUGGGACUAGGAAUGGAUUCCCUGCCAUGCUUGACUUUGUACAAAGAAUAGUAGAGAAAUUUAACAUUGAGCAUGGCAUGGACCAUGUUUCAGUGGUGCAAUACAGUACAAACGCUGUGGUGCAUUUCCAUCUGAAUACCUAUUCAACAAAAGAUGAAAUCCUUAACGCCAUCAGCACUGUACAGCACAAAGGCGGGAGACGUGUCAACACAGGGUCAGCUCUCCAAUAUGUGAGAGAAAAUGUCUUCACUGCCUCUGCUGGCAGUAGACAUCAACAGGGUGUGCCUAAUAUUCUCAUUCUGCUGAGGGGUUCAAGGUCAACGGAUAACGUUGAACAACCGGCCUCCGCCCUGAAAGAGAGUGGGGUCAUAAUUUUUGGUGUUGGCCCCCGGAAUUUGAGCAGUGAAAUUCAGAGAAUUGCAAAUGGUCCGUCUUAUGCUCAGACUGUUUCUGAGCUCUCCGACCUAGCCAGUGUCCAGCAGCAAUUUUACACCUCCCUCAGCGGUGCGCUUCUAGACGUAACACCAGUGACACCUGCGGUGAUAGUUGAACAAGGAUUUGAAUGGAGAGAUGUCGUAUUCCUCCUGGACGGUUCAGAUGGCACUAAGAAUUACUUCCCAGCAAUGCGUGAUUUCGUUCAAAGCAUUGUGGAGAGAUUAAAUUUGUCAGAGGAGAGAGACCGUGUCUCUGUAGUCCAAUUCAGCAGUGAUCCAGAGGUGCAUUUCUAUCUUAACACAUAUGCAACAAAGGAGAGCAUUCUAAACACCGUUAGAGGUCUGAGGCACAAAGGAGGGAGACCUCUCAACACAGGAAUGGCUCUCCAGCAUGUAAGAGACAGCGUUUUCAGCACCUCUUCUGGAAGCAGACGUUUACAGGGUGUUCCUCAGGUAUUGAUUUUGCUAAGUGGGGGGCAGUCGUUUGAUAACGUUGACGUGCCAGCCGCUUCCCUGAAAGAGCUUGGAGUCUCGAUCUUGUCAGUGGGAGCAGGAGGCUCAGAUAGAAAUGAAUUGCAGAAGAUCUCAAAUGAUCCUAGUUCCACACUCUCAGUGACAGACUUUACUUACCUCCCCAAUGUACAAGAGCAGCUUCUCUCCAUGAUUAACACUGCACGUAUGGGAACAACAAGUAUCUCUCCGACAACAAUAGUUGAGACUCGUGUACCAAGGAGAGAUGUUGUUUUCCUGCUGGAUGGGUCAGACGGCAAUAGAAAUGGGUUCCCGUCAAUGAUAGACUUUGUGCAUGGAGUGGUGGAGAGGUUGAACGUAGGCGAGAACAAAGACCGUGUUUCUGUGGUCCAGUUCAGCAGAGACGCCGAUGUCAAUUUCUAUCUUAAGACAUACACAGCAAAGGAGGACAUUCUCGGCACAGUCAGAGGUUUGAGGUACAAAGGAGGAAGGCCCCGAAACACAGGGGCAGCGCUACAGUAUGUCCGAGACAACGUAUUUACUGCCUCCUCGGGUAGCAGACGACUGGAGGGUGUACCACAAAUGCUGAUCUUGCUGAUUGCCGGAAGGUCGUUUGACAAUGUCGAUAUCCCGGCUUCGGCGCUGAAGGAUCUGGGAGUCUUGAUUUUUGGAAUUGGAUCAAGGGACUCUGAUAGCAAUGAACUUGAGAGAAUUUCAUUUGACCCCAAUUUUGCUCUGACUGUGUCAGAUUUCACUGAGCUCCCAAAUGUCCAAGAGCAAAUUCUGACUUCUGUAGAUGCUGUGACAGUUCCCAUGACCAAACCCUCGCCACCUUCUCUCGUUGAUUAUGAGGUUCCCAGAAGGGAUGUUGUCUUCCUGCUGGAGGGUUCAGAUGGGACUAGGAAUGGAUUCCCUGCCAUGCUUGACUUUGUACAAAGAAUAGUAGAGAAAUUUAACAUUGAGCAUGGCAUGGACCAUGUUUCAGUGGUGCAAUACAGUACAAACGCUGUGGUGCAUUUCCAUCUGAAUACCUAUUCAACAAAAGAUGAAAUCCUUAACGCCAUCAGCACUGUACAGCACAAAGGCGGGAGACGUGUCAACACAGGGUCAGCUCUCCAAUAUGUGAGAGAAAAUGUCUUCACUGCCUCUGCUGGCAGUAGACAUCAACAGGGUGUGCCUAAUAUUCUCAUUCUGCUGAGGGGUUCAAGGUCAACGGAUAACGUUGAACAACCGGCCUCCGCCCUGAAAGAGAGUGGGGUCAUAAUUUUUGGUGUUGGCCCCCGGAAUUUGAGCAGUGAAAUUCAGAGAAUUGCAAAUGGUCCGUCUUAUGCUCAGACUGUUUCUGAGCUCUCCGACCUAGCCAGUGUCCAGCAGCAAUUUUACACCUCCCUCAGCGGUGCGCUUCUAGACGUAACACCAGUGACACCUGCGGUGAUAGUUGAACAAGGAUUUGAAUGGAGAGAUGUCGUAUUCCUCCUGGACGGUUCAGAUGGCACUAAGAAUUACUUCCCAGCAAUGCGUGAUUUCGUUCAAAGCAUUGUGGAGAGAUUAAAUUUGUCAGAGGAGAGAGACCGUGUCUCUGUAGUCCAAUUCAGCAGUGAUCCAGAGGUGCAUUUCUAUCUUAACACAUAUGCAACAAAGGAGAGCAUUCUAAACACCGUUAGAGGUCUGAGGCACAAAGGAGGGAGACCUCUCAACACAGGAAUGGCUCUCCAGCAUGUAAGAGACAGCGUUUUCAGCACCUCUUCUGGAAGCAGACGUUUACAGGGUGUUCCUCAGGUAUUGAUUUUGCUAAGUGGGGGGCAGUCGUUUGAUAACGUUGACGUGCCAGCCGCUUCCCUGAAAGAGCUUGGAGUCUCGAUCUUGUCAGUGGGAGCAGGAGGCUCAGAUAGAAAUGAAUUGCAGAAGAUCUCAAAUGAUCCUAGUUCCACACUCUCAGUGACAGACUUUACUUACCUCCCCAAUGUACAAGAGCAGCUUCUCUCCAUGAUUAACACUGCACGUAUGGGAACAACAAGUAUCUCUCCGACAACAAUAGUUGAGACUCGUGUACCAAGGAGAGAUGUUGUUUUCCUGCUGGAUGGGUCAGACGGCAAUAGAAAUGGGUUCCCGUCAAUGAUAGACUUUGUGCAUGGAGUGGUGGAGAGGUUGAACGUAGGCGAGAACAAAGACCGUGUUUCUGUGGUCCAGUUCAGCAGAGACGCCGAUGUCAAUUUCUAUCUUAAGACAUACACAGCAAAGGAGGACAUUCUCGGCACAGUCAGAGGUUUGAGGUACAAAGGAGGAAGGCCCCGAAACACAGGGGCAGCGCUACAGUAUGUCCGAGACAACGUAUUUACUGCCUCCUCGGGUAGCAGACGACUGGAGGGUGUACCACAAAUGCUGAUCUUGCUGAUUGCCGGAAGGUCGUUUGACAAUGUCGAUAUCCCGGCUUCGGCGCUGAAGGAUCUGGGAGUCUUGAUUUUUGGAAUUGGAUCAAGGGACUCUGAUAGCAAUGAACUUGAGAGAAUUUCAUUUGACCCCAAUUUUGCUCUGACUGUGUCAGAUUUCACUGAGCUCCCAAAUGUCCAAGAGCAAAUUCUGACUUCUGUAGAUGCUGUGACAGUUCCCAUGACCAAACCCUCGCCACCUUCUCUCGUUGAUUAUGAGGUUCCCAGAAGGGAUGUUGUCUUCCUGCUGGAGGGUUCAGAUGGGACUAGGAAUGGAUUCCCUGCCAUGCUUGACUUUGUACAAAGAAUAGUAGAGAAAUUUAACAUUGAGCAUGGCAUGGACCAUGUUUCAGUGGUGCAAUACAGUACAAACGCUGUGGUGCAUUUCCAUCUGAAUACCUAUUCAACAAAAGAUGAAAUCCUUAACGCCAUCAGCACUGUACAGCACAAAGGCGGGAGACGUGUCAACACAGGGUCAGCUCUCCAAUAUGUGAGAGAAAAUGUCUUCACUGCCUCUGCUGGCAGUAGACAUCAACAGGGUGUGCCUAAUAUUCUCAUUCUGCUGAGGGGUUCAAGGUCAACGGAUAACGUUGAACAACCGGCCUCCGCCCUGAAAGAGAGUGGGGUCAUAAUUUUUGGUGUUGGCCCCCGGAAUUUGAGCAGUGAAAUUCAGAGAAUUGCAAAUGGUCCGUCUUAUGCUCAGACUGUUUCUGAGCUCUCCGACCUAGCCAGUGUCCAGCAGCAAUUUUACACCUCCCUCAGCGGUGCGCUUCUAGACGUAACACCAGUGACACCUGCGGUGAUAGUUGAACAAGGAUUUGAAUGGAGAGAUGUCGUAUUCCUCCUGGACGGUUCAGAUGGCACUAAGAAUUACUUCCCAGCAAUGCGUGAUUUCGUUCAAAGCAUUGUGGAGAGAUUAAAUUUGUCAGAGGAGAGAGACCGUGUCUCUGUAGUCCAAUUCAGCAGUGAUCCAGAGGUGCAUUUCUAUCUUAACACAUAUGCAACAAAGGAGAGCAUUCUAAACACCGUUAGAGGUCUGAGGCACAAAGGAGGGAGACCUCUCAACACAGGAAUGGCUCUCCAGCAUGUAAGAGACAGCGUUUUCAGCACCUCUUCUGGAAGCAGACGUUUACAGGGUGUUCCUCAGGUAUUGAUUUUGCUAAGUGGGGGGCAGUCGUUUGAUAACGUUGACGUGCCAGCCGCUUCCCUGAAAGAGCUUGGAGUCUCGAUCUUGUCAGUGGGAGCAGGAGGCUCAGAUAGAAAUGAAUUGCAGAAGAUCUCAAAUGAUCCUAGUUCCACACUCUCAGUGACAGACUUUACUUACCUCCCCAAUGUACAAGAGCAGCUUCUCUCCAUGAUUAACACUGCACGUAUGGGAACAACAAGUAUCUCUCCGACAACAAUAGUUGAGACUCGUGUACCAAGGAGAGAUGUUGUUUUCCUGCUGGAUGGGUCAGACGGCAAUAGAAAUGGGUUCCCGUCAAUGAUAGACUUUGUGCAUGGAGUGGUGGAGAGGUUGAACGUAGGCGAGAACAAAGACCGUGUUUCUGUGGUCCAGUUCAGCAGAGACGCCGAUGUCAAUUUCUAUCUUAAGACAUACACAGCAAAGGAGGACAUUCUCGGCACAGUCAGAGGUUUGAGGUACAAAGGAGGAAGGCCCCGAAACACAGGGGCAGCGCUACAGUAUGUCCGAGACAACGUAUUUACUGCCUCCUCGGGUAGCAGACGACUGGAGGGUGUACCACAAAUGCUGAUCUUGCUGAUUGCCGGAAGGUCGUUUGACAAUGUCGAUAUCCCGGCUUCGGCGCUGAAGGAUCUGGGAGUCUUGAUUUUUGGAAUUGGAUCAAGGGACUCUGAUAGCAAUGAACUUGAGAGAAUUUCAUUUGACCCCAAUUUUGCUCUGACUGUGUCAGAUUUCACUGAGCUCCCAAAUGUCCAAGAGCAAAUUCUGACUUCUGUAGAUGCUGUGACAGUUCCCAUGACCAAACCCUCGCCACCUUCUCUCGUUGAUUAUGAGGUUCCCAGAAGGGAUGUUGUCUUCCUGCUGGAGGGUUCAGAUGGGACUAGGAAUGGAUUCCCUGCCAUGCUUGACUUUGUACAAAGAAUAGUAGAGAAAUUUAACAUUGAGCAUGGCAUGGACCAUGUUUCAGUGGUGCAAUACAGUACAAACGCUGUGGUGCAUUUCCAUCUGAAUACCUAUUCAACAAAAGAUGAAAUCCUUAACGCCAUCAGCACUGUACAGCACAAAGGCGGGAGACGUGUCAACACAGGGUCAGCUCUCCAAUAUGUGAGAGAAAAUGUCUUCACUGCCUCUGCUGGCAGUAGACAUCAACAGGGUGUGCCUAAUAUUCUCAUUCUGCUGAGGGGUUCAAGGUCAACGGAUAACGUUGAACAACCGGCCUCCGCCCUGAAAGAGAGUGGGGUCAUAAUUUUUGGUGUUGGCCCCCGGAAUUUGAGCAGUGAAAUUCAGAGAAUUGCAAAUGGUCCGUCUUAUGCUCAGACUGUUUCUGAGCUCUCCGACCUAGCCAGUGUCCAGCAGCAAUUUUACACCUCCCUCAGCGGUGCGCUUCUAGACGUAACACCAGUGACACCUGCGGUGAUAGUUGAACAAGGAUUUGAAGGGAGAGAUGUCGUAUUCCUCCUGGACGGUUCAGAUGGCACUAAGAAUUACUUCCCAGCAAUGCGUGAUUUCGUUCAAAGCAUUGUGGAGAGAUUAAAUUUGUCAGAGAAGAGAGACCGUGUCUCUGUAGUCCAAUUCAGCAGUGAUCCAGAGGUGCAUUUCUAUCUUAACACAUAUGCAACAAAGGAGAGCAUUCUAAACACCGUUAGAGGUCUGAGGCACAAAGGAGGGAGACCUCUCAACACAGGAAUGGCUCUCCAGCAUGUAAGAGACAGCGUUUUCAGCACCUCUUCUGGAAGCAGACAUUUACAGCGUGUUCCUCAGGUAUUGAUUUUGCUAAGUGCGGGGCAGUCGUUUGAUAACGUUGACGUGCCAGCCUCUUCCCUGAAAGAGCUUGGAGUCUCGAUCUUGUCAGUGGGAGCAGGAGGCUCAGAUAGAAAUGAAUUGCAGAAGAUCUCAAAUGAUCCUAGUUCCACACUCUCAGUGACAGACUUUACUUACCUCCCCAAUGUACAAGAGCAGCUUCUCUCCAUGAUUAACACUGCACGUAUGGGAACAACAAGUAUCUCUCCAACAACAAUAGUUGAGACUCGUGUACCAAGGAGAGAUGUUGUUUUCCUGCUGGAUGGGUCAGACGGCAAUAGAAAUGGGUUCCCGUCAAUGAUAGACUUUGUUCAUGGAGUGGUGGAGAGGUUGAACGUAGGCGAGAACAAAGACCGUGUUUCUGUGGUCCAGUUCAGCAGAGACGCCGAUGUCAAUUUCUAUCUUAACACAUACACAGCAAAGGAGGACAUUCUCGGCACAGUCAGAGGUUUGAGGUACAAAGGAGGAAGGCCCCGAAACACAGGGGCAGCGCUACAGUAUGUCCGAGACAACGUAUUUACUGCCUCCUCGGGUAGCAGACGACUGGAGGGUGUACCACAAAUGCUGAUCUUGCUGAUUGCCGGAAGGUCGUUUGACAAUGUCGAUAUCCCGGCUUCGGCGCUGAAGGAUCUGGGAGUCUUGAUUUUUGGAAUAGGAUCAAGGGACUCUGAUAGCAAUGAACUUGAGAGAAUUUCAUUUGACCCCAAUUUUGCUCUGACUGUGUCAGAUUUCACUGAGCUCCCAAAUGUCCAAGAGCAAAUUCUGACUUCUGUAGAUGCUGUGACAGUUCCCAUGACCAAACCCUCGCCACCUUCUCUCGUUGAUUAUGAGGUUCCAGGAAGGGAUGUUGUCUUCCUGCUGGAGGGUUCAGAUGGGACUAGGAAUGGAUUCCCUGCCAUGCUUGACUUUGUACAAAGAAUAGUAGAGAAAUUUAACAUUGAGCAUGGCAUGGACCAUGUUUCAGUGGUGCAAUACAGUACAAACGCUGUGGUGCAUUUCCAUCUGAAUACCUAUUCAACAAAAGAUGAAAUCCUUAACGCCAUCAGCACUGUACAGCACAAAGGCGGGAGACGUGUCAACACAGGGUCAGCUCUCCAAUAUGUGAGAGAAAAUGUCUUCACUGCCUCUGCUGGCAGUAGACAUCAACAGGGUGUGCCUAAUAUUCUCAUUCUGCUGAGGGGUUCAAGGUCAACGGAUAACGUUGAUCAACCGGCCUCUGCCCUGAAAGAGAGUGGGGUCUUAAUUUUUGGUGUUGGCCCCAGGAGUUUGAGCAGUGAAAUUCAGAGAAUUGCAAAUGGUCCGUCUUAUGCUCAGACUGUUUCUGAGCUCUCUGACAUAGCCAGUGUCCAGCAGCAAUUUUACACCUCCCUCAGCGGUGCGCUUCUAAACGUAACGCCAAUGACACCUGCGGUGAUAGGUAAGGUAUAUUUUAACAGUACAAAUCAAAUUAACUGCACAGUUUUGGAAUUCCACCAUGUUAUUUAUUUAUUUCUUCAUUUGUUUACUUAUUUCUUUAUUUGUUUAUUCAUUUCAUUGCCUCAGGGACCGAAAAAGGAUGUUAUCUUUUUGAUUGAUGGAUCUGAAGGAGUUGGGAGAGAUUUUCCCAUUAUCCAAGAAUUUGUUCGUGGAGUUGUAGAGAACAUGAAUGUCGGUGAAAACAAUAUUCGUGUAAGUGUAGUGCAGUAUGGAGACACUCCUCAUGUGGACAUGUAUCUCAAUUCCCACAAGACCAAAGAGGGGGUCUUAAAUGCAAUCAAUGAACUCAGACAACAUGGAGGUAGAAAGCGUAACCUAGGCAGGGCCAUAGAUUUUGUCCGUUUUAAUGUCCUGGAUUCAGUUCGUGGGAGCAGGAAGCAGGAGGGUGUCCCACAGUUUCUCAUAGUAAUCUCAGGAGGAAAAGCCACAGAUAAUGUAGAAACAUCAGUAAAUACACUGAAAGAGUCAGGAAUUGUGCCUUUCAGUAUAGGGACCAGAGACACUGGCCAUCAAGAGCUGCAUGUUGUCUCCUAUGUGCCCACAUUUUCUUACUUAGUGGAAGAUUUGCCUGGCCUUCACACUGUCAAAGAUCAAUUCACCACUACACUGACAGAGUUGUCUGAUGAAGAACUGAAGAUAAUGAAACCUUUUUUUUCCAAAGUACCAACAGUACUAGCUGGAGAAAAGAAGGAUGUGGUCUUCCUCAUUGAUGGAACAACUCUGAUGCAGAGAGAUUUCCCUGCUAUACAAGACAUGAUUCUGAACAUUGUGGAGAAGCUAGAUGUUGGAUUAAACAAGGUUAGGGUUUCAGUAGUACAAUACAGUGAAGACUCCAAACUGGAGUUCCUCCUUAAUGAGCAUUCAACCAAAGAGGAGGUUCAGCAAUCAGUGAGAAAAAUGAGAAGUAAAGGUGGCAGAACACUUAAUACUGGUCAAGCACUGGGCUGGGUCUCAAAGAACAUCUACCAGCGAUCAGCUGGCAGCCGAAUUGAAGAGGGUGUGCCCCAGUUUCUCAUCUUAGUGACUGGAGGAAAAUCCAACGAUGAUGUAUCUGGUCCUGCUAAUCAGCUGAAGUUGAGUUAUGUGGCUCCUAUGGCAGUUGGGUCAGAUAAUGCUGAUUCUGAGGAGCUGAAACUGAUUUCUUUAAGGCCAGAACAGGCAUACAUCAUUAGAGACUUCCAACAAAAACCAGGAGUGGAACAGCAACUUUUGUCUACAAUUAACACCAUGACUACAAAAGAUAUCGAAGAAGUUGUACUAACUACAGAUAUAGGACUGCAGCUUGGAAGAAAGGACAUUGUUUUCCUUAUUGAUGGUUCUGAUAAUGUUGGUCCAAAUGGAAUCGCUCAUAUCCGUGACUUUAUCUUGAAGAUUGUCCAACAACUCAAUGUACAUCCUGACCAAGUACGUGUGGCUGUGGUACAAUAUGCUGAGAGACCUAAGACUGAGUUCUCACUUAUAAAUCAUGACAACAAAAAGGCAGUCACUUCAGCUAUUAAGAGAUUGCGUCAGAUGGGUGGUCGUGGUGGAAACUUAGCUGAGGCUAUUCAGUAUGUGAUUGAUAAUGAACUAAAGGAAUCUGCAGGAGCUCGCCUGGACAAGGCCUCUCAGCAUUUGGUGGUACUCACAGGUGGAAAGUCUACUUCUGAUGUCUCUCGUUAUGGACCAGUUCUCAAGAAAUCUAAGGUGAAGUGCAUAGGAAUUGGUUCUGGGACAGCAGAUUCAAGGCAACUCAGAGAGAUUGCAACCACACCAGAUGAUGUCUUCCAAGUGUCAACCUUUCCAUCACUGCCAGAUUUAGAGGGCCAAUUUAUUGCAAGACUCAGUGGAACAGUGGUGGAUACAACCACUGUGCCCCCCACACCUUCUGGUCCAAAGCCUAAGAUUGCUGACAUUGUUUUUUUGGUUGACGGUUCAAUAAACCUUGGGAAGAGCAAUUUUAAAGUGACCAUGGAGUUCAUCAGAGAGCUUAUUGACCUCUUUGUCACAGACAGUGACAACCUUCAGAUUGGUCUGGCACACUAUGCCACAGAUGUGACAGAUGUUUUCUAUUUUAAUACAUAUAACAACAAGGAUGACAUUUUGGAUGCUAUCAGCAGAACAGAAUACAAGGGUGGCUGGAGAAUUAAUACAGGCAAUGCCAUUAGGCAUGUUCAGCAAACAUACUUUGUGAAGGAGAGAGGUAGUCGGAAGGAUGAGGGAGUUCCACAGAUCCUGAUGUUGCUGACGGGUGGACGUUCACAAGAUGAUGGUAAAUCGGCAGCACUAGGGCUUAAAAAUGCAGGUGUACGUAUUUAUGCCAUUGGUGUGGGAGACAUUGAGGAAGAGCUCAAUAACUUGGGCAGUGAGACCACCACUGUGGCCCGGGCCAGUACAUUCCAAGAGCUUUCUGAGCUGAAUGAGCGGAUUUUAGACACACUUGUAGAUGAUGUCAUGGGAAAACUUUGUACAGGAGUGAAAGAUGUAACAAAGGCUUGCAGCUUGGAUGUUCUUGUGGGCUUUGAUGUGUCUGCUAAGAAUAUAUUUGCAACUCAGAGAUCCUUGGAGUCUAAGGUGUCUGACAUUCUGCAGCGAAUAACCCAAAUGCAGCCCAUUAGCUGCUCUUCUGGUCAGGUUCCAUCAGUUCAGGUGGGAAUAUCAGCAUUGGACAGUGCACAGGAGCCUGUUCAUCUGGACUUUACUGAUAGCCACACCACACUUAUUGAGUCCUUCAGGUCUCUGCAUAGCCGCGGACCCUUCUUAUUGAAUGGCAAGACUAUUGAGGCAUAUGGUGCACGGUUCAAGGACCGUCCUUCAGAUAGAGUUAAGGUUGUAAUUCAUCUCACUGAUGGAUUGGAUGCCCAAUAUAAUAUAAUGAAAGAGCGAGUUGAGCAGAUGCAUUCUGCAGGAGUCAAUGCUUUCAUCUUGGUUGCACUGGAGAGGGUACCACAGUUUGAGAAUGCAGUGUUACUGGAAUUUGGACGGGGUUUUAGGACCAAACCUCUGCGUGUGAAUCUGGUGGACUUGGACUAUGAACUGCUAGAGGAACUGGACAAUAUUGCUGAAAUGGAGUGUUGCUCAGUCCCGUGCAAGUGCACUGGCCAGAGAGGCUACAGAGGAGCUGUUGGUCCUAUAGGUCCAAAGGGAUCACCUGGAAGCCAGGGAUACAGAGGACAUCCUGGUGAUGAAGGUGGACCGGGAGAAAGAGGCCACCCAGGUGUAAAUGGAACUCAAGGUUUUCAAGGAUGCCCAGGCCCAAGAGGUGCAAAGGGUGCACAUGGAUAUAAUGGUGAAAAGGGAGAAAUUGGAGAGAUCGGUUUAGAUGGCAUCAAUGGGGAAGAGGGCACAAGUGGAGCUGCUGGAUCUUCAGGUGACAGAGGCAACCCAGGGCAAAGGGGCCCCAAAGGUGCCAAAGGCCAGGCAGGAGAUAUCGGUCAGACUGGCAUUCGUGGAGAUCCGGGCAUUGCAGGAAAGGACAAUAAUCAAAGAGGACCCAAAGGAGAUCCAGGCGAUGCUGGGCCACCGGGUGAGCCUGGAGAAGAUGGUAAGAAAGGAGGUGCAGGAGAAGCAGGGGGACGGGGUACUGAUGGUAGAAGGGGUCCACCUGGACAAGCUGGUCCUGUUGGAAAGCCUGGAGCAGAUGGUCUUGCAGGAGAGCAGGGAAUUGGAGGGCCAAGAGGUUCUAGUGGACCAGGUGGAACCCCAGGAACCAGGGGAGAGGAUGGUAAUCCAGGACCAAGAGGCCCAGGAGGAGCCCCAGGACCAGCUGGGGAAAAGGGCAGACGAGGUGUUGUUGGCCGGAAGGGUGAACCUGGAGACCCAGGACCUAAGGGUUCUAUAGGACCGCCUGGACCCCGAGGUGAACCUGGAGAUGAUGGGCGAGAUGGCUUUGGAUUACCUGGUGCUAAGGGAAGAAAGGGUGAUGAAGGUUUCCCUGGAUACCCAGGCCCAAAGGGGGCAGCUGGUGAGCCUGGAACCAAGGGGGGACCUGGACCCAAAGGAAACAGUGGCCAGAGAGGUGUUUCAGGUGGAGCUGGUGAGCCAGGACAGAAGGGAGAGAUUGGCUAUCCUGGACCUUAUGGACCAAAGGGACCCAGAGGACCAGGCGUAUCAACUUGUGCUUUGGUCAAGAAAAUCAGAGAUAACUGUCCAUGCUGUUAUGGUGCCCAGGAAUGUCCUCUGUAUCCCACUGAGCUGGCAUUUGCCCUGGAUGUAUCGACAGGUGUAUCAAGGGAUAAUUUUGACAGUAUGAAGAACAUUAUACACCGCCUGGUGAAUAACAUUACCAUCACUGAAAGCAACUGUCCACGAGGAGCACGAAUGGCCCUCACGCUCUACAACAGUGAGAUAACCACUGACAUACGCUUUUCUGAUGCAUUGAAAAAACGUGCAUUGUUGGAACGGGUGCAGGGCUUGCAGAUUCUGAGGACCAACAAGAAGCGCAAUUUGGAAACAGCCAUGAACUUUUUGGCCCGAAACACUUUUAAGAGGGUGCGCAGUGGCUUCAUGGUACGCAAGGUGGCUGUGUUCUUUGUGAAUGAAGCUGUGGAUCUCACAACAGAGUUCACAAAUGCUGCUUUGCGACUCUAUGAUGCUGGAAUCACCACUGUCUUCCUCAUGCCUCGUCCAACAAGGAAGGUCCUGCAGGUAAAUAACACUAUAUUAGCCCAUUUCAAGGAUCUCUCUCCAGGAAGUGCAAAUUACAACACAGUUAUUAAGGAGAUACUUGAUUGUCACAUCUGUCUAGAUGUCUGCACUCCUAAUCAGCUGUGUGAUUAUAAGCCUUCUCUGGGCACGAGGGAAAGAAGGGCCUCCACCACAGACUUAGAUGUUGAUAUGGCUUUCAUCAUCGAUAGCUCUGAAAGCACUUGGCCGUCUGUGUUUACAGAAAUGAAGCGGUAUAUUUCUCACAUGGUUAACCAUUUGGAAAUCGCUACGGAACCAGCGACAAGCUCCCAUCACGCUAGAGUUGCAUUGGUUCAGCAUUGCCCAUAUGAGUAUUUGUCCAAUGAUAGCAAUACGCCUAUUAGCAUGGCGUUUGGCCUGACAGACCACAAUUCAGUUCAAAAAAUCCAGAGCUUCUUACUGGACAAGGUGCAGCAACUAGAAGGGAGCCGUGCUCUGGCAGCAGCUCUGGAGAGUACGGUGGAGCAGGUGUUUGAGAAAGCACCACAUCCACGGCAACUGAAGGUGCUCAUUCUGCUUGUGACUGGUCCAGUGGAAGAGAAUAAGGAGAAGCUGCUUAAGGCUGCCAUUGAUGCCAAAUGCAAAGGAUAUUUCAUUGUGGUGUUAGGAGUGGGUAAGCAGCUCAGUGCUGGAGAUGCUCAUAUCCUGGCCCAGGUGGCUAGCGAGCCUUCAGAUGUGUUCUACAAAAGUGUAGAUGGACCUCGAGGCUUCUAUGAUGACCACCUUCAAAGGUUUGCCCAACUGUUGCCCAAGUACCUUAGCUUGAAGGAUGCCUUCUACUUAUCUGAUGAAGUCUCAAAGCAUUGCCAGUGGUACCAAAGUGACCAACCAGACAGGUCACAAAACACUUACACGAACAACGAUACGCAGAAUGAGCAGCAACUGAAAGAAGAUAAGGAACAAAAGCUUAAAGUUAAUGAGUUUGCAGACCCAUGCUCACUUGACAUUGACACUGGACUACCAUGCAAAGACUAUGAGGCUAAGUGGUACUUUGACAAAAAGAAUGGAUUCUGUGCCCAGUUCUGGUAUGGAGGUUGUGGAGGCAAUGAAAAUAGGUUUGAGACUGAGGCACAAUGCCUAAAACACUGCAUCAAUACAGUGGAGCAGCAGCCAUACCUGAGUGUCGACAAGAUCAAUUCAGAGGACCCUCCUGCUCCAGCUCCCUGGCUUUCAGUGGUGGACAUCUGUAAACUUCCAAAAGAAGAAGGCACCUGUGCUAAGUUUGUAUUAAAAUGGCAUUUCGACUCCACUGAGAAGAGCUGUAAACGAUUCUGGUAUGGAGGCUGCGGUGGCAACCAAAAUCGUUUUGACACAGAAAAGGAGUGUGAAAUAGCAUGUGGAAAAGCAGCUGCUGUUAAGCAGGCACCUGUGAUUGCUGCAGUAAGAACAUGAACGAACACUGAUGAUUCAAGGUUCACCUCUGAGGAGAAAUUAUGAAAACCAAGUUGCCUGCACUGGAUUCUGCCAGAGGAAGCCUUCAAUAUAGUCCUUUUUUGCAUUUGGGGGUUGGGGGGGCAAGCCAAACAGGUCAUUGCAUGAUAUUUUUGUACCGGUGCUUUGUAUAUGUUUUUUUUUUGUUGUUGUUGUUGUUGUUGUUGUUGUUUUUUGUUUGUUUCUUUGGUCAUUUUUCCAAAAUGCAAUACAAUGUCUAAAUAGCUAAAUUCCAGGAAAAAACUAUUUGGUUAUUGCUGUUUUGUCCUUGACAUGUAUGAACUGCUUGAUGGAAAAUUAUAAUAUCUUUUGAGGGUUAUAGGGAUCACUACAUUUUUUGUGCCUAGUUUUUAGUCAUUAGUGUAUGUUUUAACUCACAAAGGUACUCUCAAGUGCCCUCAUUAUGCUUUCACUGCUUGUUUGCACAAAGUCUCUUCCGUAUUCUCUGAUCAAAUAUUGGAAUCACACUUGUUCAUAAAAGAUCAAAAUGUUCUCAGUAAAAGAAUCCGCUCUAAUGAUUUAUGAUUUAUCCAUUUAAAAGAAUUUGGCGGACUAAAUCAUAAGAUAAUCUUAUCCAUUUAUAAAGCCAACACAAUUCAGAUGUUACAUGAAAAAACUUUGAAUACUUUCUGGAACAGUUGUGCAAAACAGAAGUAAAAAUGCUUGUGUGCGAAUCAGGCAAGACUUAUUUUUGGUGUGUGUGUGUGUGUGAGAGAGAGAGAGAGAGAGAGAGAGAGAGGGAGAGAGAGAGAGAGAGAAAGAAAGAAAGAAAGAAAGAGAGAGAGAGGGGUACAAUGUUUUUCACCUUUGUGUUUCUUAAAGAAAUCUGAAGACAUUAAUAAAUUAGUCUUUAUACUUUGGCCUAGCUUGUCUUUCUGACUAUUAAUUGUUGAAGGAAUGGUCCAAGGAAUCUGUGGCACAGCUUACCUCAGACAAGAUGUGAGUGCUUUUUGCCAUUACUUUGUAUUUACUGGUCUGUUCAAGAACAAAUCUGUUCCACAGCUUGUGUUGAGCCUGGCUUUUCAAGUAGUGACUCAUUUUAGGCGGAAUAUCCUUUUAUGGCAAAGAUUACUUGGCUCUGGAACUGGCGAAAAAAAAAAGGAUGGAUAAGAGUUAGUCUUUACAAGGAGAAUAAAAUGAUAUGGAAUAAAAUCUUUUUAAAACUA